AUGGCGCUGCUGAAGUGUUUGAACCAACAAACCAGUGGAGAGGGGUACAAGCACAUGUUCCCCUCAGCUCUGGGGAUGGAGACCUCUUCUCUUGGGAAGAGACAAGCUGAGCGGAGGUUGCCGAUCCGCCAGCACUGGGCGGCGGGCAGGGCUGUCCCACGGCCCCCGGGCUGGGCACCAGCGGCGCCCCCGCAGCUUCUCGCUGCACCGACUGUCCCCUACCGAGCACGGCGGGGAAGGGUCCUUCCUUCCCCAGAAAGUUCUCGCCCCCCAAACCAUUGCGGAGCACCAAGCGUGUGGGUUGGAAUCUAUUUCCUCCCACCGCUCUUUAGCUGUUGGCGUUGCAGGGUCAACGGGCGCUGGCGCCCGUCCCGCUGCCCCCAAGCGCCCGCUCUCCGGGGACCGAGGAGGGGCAGCACUACUCGUAGGCACAGCGGCGAAUUUCCCCGGCGCUCACUGUGCCGUGCCGUUCCCAUUGGCCGUGCGGCCGGCAGGGAGCGACGGGAGGCGGAGAGGGAGCUGCCAGCAGCAGACAAGCAGCCUUUUGUUCGCCCAUCCUCCUCCUCCUCUUCCCUGCCCACCCUCUGCACCGCGGAGGGGACUCGGCAGAGAGACAAGCAGACUGACCCGGAGCUGAGUUUCACCCAUCCUCCGCCCCCCGCUCUCUCUCCCUCCGCUGCAUCGCUGCCCAUGAGCUAG